UCAUAUCUAAGAGCCUCUGGGGGAGGAGAGGGAGCAUCCAGCUUUCUGCCAUCCAAAGAUUCCACAUUGUGUUGCUGUGCCCAUUUUAUAUACCCUGCACCUAGGUGCCCAGAUUUCCAGCUGAUACCUCCAUGUCAACUGGAUGAAGGGUCUGGGUAGUUCUAGACCUGACAUACAGGCCCCUGAGGUAAUCAUUACUUUCUACUUUGAUGAGAAAUUCCUGGGCACUCUUACAAGGAUGAGGCAAGAGUCAGGGGUUUGCCCAGCCUAAGGGGAAGGUAGAAAUGGGUAGUAGGGGGGAUAUAUCUCUCAAAACCUCUGACCUCCAAUGGGAGCAGUGAUCUCAGUAGACCCUAUCCAAGUUUUCUACAAAUGGGAGCAACUUGGUGCUGGGAUUGGGUCCCUCCAAGUUAGUGAUGAGGCACACUGUGGCUGGGUGGGAGACUUCUGAUUCUGACCUGAGUCUUACUGCCCAUGAGACUGGUCCCCCUCAGGUUUUUUCAGGAAGACUAGGACAUAGUCUAGGAAAGAGCUCUGUGGGUGUGUGGGAUCGUAUGAUCAUCUAUAACGCAAGACGUAGGACCCAGUGAAUAUUUUCCUUUUCCUUUCCCAGGUAAGGUUACCUCGAAGGUGUCAUGAGAGGGUCGGAAUCCAUAGGACGGUUGGCUGAGACCCCCCUCACCUCCCUGUUCAGUACACAGUCCUCAACAGCAGAACUUUCAGCACCAGGGGGGUCCGGCUUCACCCCUCGUUAGGCAGACAGACCUAGCCAGGUGACCUGUGCCAGGGUAAGACUGCAGUGGUCCUGGAAUGUGAUCCUUCUUCCCUUCCAUCCGUGGAGCAGCAUAGCCAUUGUACAAGAUGGGUUGUUUCUGUCUGGUUGUUUUGCGUUUUUUGAGACUGGUCUCAAGUUCGCUAAGUAGUCGAGGAUGAUGGCCUUGACUUUCUGAAGUCAAAGGGUGCUUGUUUUAUUUUUAAUCUUGUUUUCAUUUUGAGGAUCUCACUAAAUUACCCAGCUUGGCCCCGAACUCAUUUGGUAGCCCGGGUGGGCUCCCUUUUAAGCAGCUUGGAUUCUACAGACCUGCACCGCAUGACGUAGGGUGGGCUUUUUGCGAGGGGCGUUUUCUUUGGUCCUGACCCUCUUCUCGCGCGAAAGAAGGGGAGGAAAACCGAUGGGACGGAGAAGGUCGAGUCAACCUGCAGCUUCUCUUCGGGUGUACAGUUAAUUUCCACCAAGCCAAAGCCUUGCGGAUGCCAACUGUUCCAAAGAUGCAGGAGUUCAGGGUGAAGUUACAUUUCAGUCCUUGAGCCUAGUCCCUUGGUCAGAGCGGGGACCAGCAUCAAAUAGAGGGACCAUCCCUCAGGAGUCCUCACCGAUUGUGGCCAGGGCCUGUGCCCUGCCCACGGUAAGUGGACUCUCGUGCCGUGGGGUGCGGUCCAGCGAGGGUUAAGGGGGCGGGGACGCGGGGCAGCCCCGCCUCUGCCGCCGGGUCCGAGAGCGCACUGGGCGUGGGCGUGGGGCGGGUUGGAGCCCGUGGCGGCUGAGGUCCCUGCGCGGAGCGGGCGCGGGAGCGGCUGGGGCGGCGCGGCCCGCGUGACCCUCCGCCGCUCCCCGUGCGCUCGCGAGCCCGCGCCCUGCAGCGCCGGCCCAGCCGCAGGAUGCGCGCUCCGCCGCUGCUGUUGCUGCUGGCCGCCUGCGCGCCGCCCUCCGGCGCCGCUGUGGUCCCGACGCCGCCGGGCUGGGAGCCGGCUUCCGACGCGCCCUGGUGCCCUUACAAGGUGCUGUCCGAGGGCCCCGAGGCGGGCGGUGGGCGCCUAUGCUUUCGCAGCCCCGCUCGGGGCUUCCGCUGCCAGGCGCCGGGCUGCGUGACGCUGGUCUCGGCGGGUGGUUCUCUGCGCGCCCACGUCCUGCGCAACCGCAGCGUGUUGCUGCAGUGGCGACUGGCUCCGACCGAGGCGCGCCGCGUGCGAGUCUUCGCGCUGAACUGCUCGUGGCGUGGCACCUACACACGCUUCCCGUGCGAUCGCGUGCUGUUGGGCGCCUCCUGCCGCGACUACCUGCUGCCCGACGUGCACGACAGCGUGCGCUACCGCUUGUGCCUGCAGCCGCUGCCGCUGCGCGCCGAGCUCGCCGCCACCCAGCCAGAGCUCGCCGAGUGCGUGGAGUUCACCGCCGAACCGGCAGCUAUGCAGGAGAUCGUGGUGGCCAUGACGGCGGUGGGCGGCUCCAUCUGUGUCAUGCUGGUGGUCAUCUGCCUGCUGGUGGCCUACAUCACUGAGAACCUCAUGCACCCGACCUUCCGGCGACCCAGUCUGCGCAGGCAGUCCUGAAGCGCGAGGCGACCCGCCCAUCUGGGUUCCACCUGCCUAAAUGUGCUGAGACCCUAGGCCCUUUCCCUGCUUCCCUCUCAUUCUUUCUCCCUCUUUACGAUGCCCCUGGAGGGCCUAAUGGAGACUAGCCCAUGCAGGGACCUUGUCAUCAUCCACGACCUUGCCAGCCCCAGCUGGAUGUCCGCUUUCCAGACUCAGGCCUCAGACUGGCCAUGGGGCCCAGACUAGCGUGUCAGCCGCGUCCAGGGGUUUUCCCCAUCUCUAGAGUCCUUUUCGGGCCGGCCGGAAUAUACAGUCCCUCUGUCAAGAGCCACUCACUGGCACCCAGGAUCAUCAACCUGAACUUUCUUCCCGUGCCAGGUUGUCAGAGCUUGGUCGUGAUCGUUGCUUGGUCCCUUUGUGCUUCGCAGAGGGGGAGGAGUGACCUCUGGAUCCUGUACCCACCCCACCUUACCCAGUGGGCUUAGCCAAGAGCCAUGAUGUAGCUCAGCAGACUGGGCCCAACGUCCAGCUGCUGCAUCCAGGGGUGAGUGCCCUCCACCUUAGGAGGCUGGGGAUUCACCCUUUUCCUUUCGCUUGUACUGCCUUGAUUAGGAAUUCCCGGUGUUUUGUGUGUGUGUGUGUGUGUGUGUGUGUGUGUGUGUGUGUGUGUUGGGGGGGACUAUUUGGGAGGACAGCUGAAGGGAUUAUGAGGGCUUUAAGGAAAGCUGCCAGCCUUGUCCAGCCAGACCCUUAACUGUGGUCUGGAUCCCAAGCCUCAACCAACUUGAGACCUCAGUGGCCACACAGCCACAGAGCCACCCCUGUCCUUCUUCUACUAGAGAGUGGAGAGCCUGCGAUCUGACCCCAGUGACGUUGCCCCUCCAUCUGAAUGGGCAGAGGUUGGCCAUGCCUACCUCCUGGCUGACACAAAGGCACCUGGCUGAGGUCACCCAGCCAUCUGAUGAUACUGGGCACUGGAAAGGGUAAGGCUCUGAGCACUGGACUUGACCCUGGCUCUUUUCCCUCCACUUUCACCUCAGCGACCACGAUGACCUGAGCCCUGGCUGGCAGCACUGUACCCUACCUCUCUGUCUUUGCUCUGCCUGCUCCCCAAAAGGCACUGGUCAGUUGCCAACAUCUAAAUGUCCAUCACUCUCAGACCAAAAACACUGUCUUGUGUGUUUAUUUGGGAUGUUGGAGGGAAGGUGAUGGGUGAGGGAAGGGCCUCUAGAGCAUCAGUCCAGUGGCUGGCCCUGAACCUUUCCUGGUGGGGAUGGGAUGGGGGUCAGCCCUAGGCAGUGUUCACUGAAAUGAUGACUUAACAGUUCUGGCAGAAGGACAGGUAGGGUGUCCAUAGCUUGUUUGUCCAUCCCCAGACCUUGGGAAAGCAUUUCUUCCUAGGCCAGCCGUACUGUGCAUGGGGGUGGGGGAUGGGACUGUUCAAAACAGCCUCAACAUACAGUGAUGAGCCAUUUGAACUGUGAGAAGCAGCAAUUAGGCAGCUCUAGAAGGGGGUACCCUCUCCAGCAUGGGGCUACUGCGUGAGCCACUCAUUCUCCCCACCUGGAAUGUCCUUGGGACUCUUGUGCUCCUGUCACCCCGAAGAAAGCAAAAGCACAGGCAGGGAUGAGCCAGCUCGGACGAGUGACUCAUCUCGAGGGGGUGGGAGAGGGGUUAGGGGUGUACAGAUGUGCCUGCACUCAUCUGAGGGGUGGAGGACAUAGCAGGCUGUCUAGACAGCCAGGACAGAAAUGGGAGGAGUUUGCAGUACAGCUGCUGUUCUUUGGGGACCUAGGCUGUUUUUAUGAGGUGUAUUCUGGUGUCUUCAGCCAGCAUGGACAGAAGUUGGUGUUCUGGAAGUGGUGUAUCUGAAGUACCGUAGCGUCCAGCUUCUAGCUCCCUGGGCACAGUCUGCUGCUAAUGUUCUAUGUGACCUCCUUAGGCUCUUGACAGGGUUCAACUGUAGCUCAGUGUUUAGAAUGCUUUCCUAACAUUGAAAAGGUUCUGGGUUCAAUCUCCAGCACUGUAUAAAUUGGGAACCACGGCAGACAUAUGUAACCCCAACACUCAGGACGUGGAGAGUGGAGGAUAAGCAGCUCAAAGUCAGAUGGACGUGAGGGUGCAUGUCCUUGAUUCCAGAAAUUGGCCAGAGGUGUGCAGAUCUCUGCAUUCCUGACCAAUCUGGUCUACAAAGUGAGUUCCAGGACAACCAGGAAUGUCACACAGAGAAACCCAGUCUUGAAGAACCAGAAAAAAAGUCAUUCCCAGCUAUAUGUUGUGUUAAAGGCCAGGGAGAAAUAAAAACAACACUGUAGAUCUUAGCGUGUAAAUGUGGCUAGUGGGACUGAGGAAAAUUUUGCUUUGGAGAUAGGGUUUCAGUGUGUAGUCCUGACUGCCGGGAAGCUUGCUCUGUAGACCAGGCUGGCCUUGAACUCCCAAGCUGGAUCCCCGGCUGCUGAGAUUAAAGUGUGAGACUCCACCUCCUGAGUAUUGCAGGUGUGUACCCGCUGCUCCUGCCCGCCUUCACAGUCCUCUUCCUCUUCCCUCUUUCUCUCCCUCCUUGCCCCUCCUGUUUUAUUUUUUGAGACAGCCUCGUGUAGCCCCGGAUAGUUUCCAACUCAUUAGUCAAGAAUGAGCUUGAGGGGGCUGGAGAGAUGGCUCAGAGGUUAAGAGCACUGAAGGCUCUUCCAGAGGUCCUGAGUUCAAUUCCCAGCAACCACAUGGUGGCUCACAACCAUCUGUAAUUCGAUCGGGUUCCCUCUUCUGGCAUGCAAACGGAACACUGUAUAAAUAAUAAAAGAAAAAAGAAACUAUUAAAAAAUGAGCUUGAACUUUGACCCUCCUUCCUUGGCCUCUCAGGUGCUGAGGUAAUUGAUGCCCCACCGGACAUGACCUUAUACAGUGCUGGGUAUCAGAUCUAACGUUUUGUGUCUAGGUAAGCAUUCUACCAACUGAGUUUCAUUCCCCAUCCCAGUUUUGAAGUUUCUAGUUAUACCUUCAGCUUCUCUGAACUUCUAUUCUACAGGGAAUAGUUUACCAUUAAUCCCAUCCAGUGCCAGGUGGUGGCGGCACACGCUUUUAAUCCCAGCACUUGAGAGGCAGAGGCCGGGAAUCUCUGAGUUCGAGGCCAGCCUGGUCUACAAAGCGAGUUCCAGGACAGCCAAUGCUGUUGUGCAAAGAGACCGUCUCAAAACAACAACAAAAUCACGCCCAACACCUUUUUUCUAUUUGAUACACAAUGUGUAUCAUAAAAGAACAAAUUAAUUUAAAAACUACAAAAUUUAAGAUAGGUGUGGUGGUUCAAACACAUAGUCCCAGAAGAUGGAAAUGUGGAGUCAGGAAAAUUAGAAGUUCCAGGGCAGCCUUGGCAAUUUGAGACUAUCUCUAAAGCCAAAACACAGGUUGGUGAGAAGGCACUAGGCAAAGCACCUGUCAAGCCCGAGGAUCUGAUUUGAUUCCGAGGAUUCACACAGGGAAGGAAAUGCAUCAGUUUCUAAGAUUGUUGCCAGCCCCUGUGUGUGCAUGGUCCAUGUGCACACACACAAAAUAAAGGAAUGUAAAAAAAAAUUUAAACAUGGUGGAAUAGUCACAUGACUUCAUCACUUUGUAGGCUGAGGCAAGAGGAUUGCUUUAACCAGCCAGGUUACAGAGUACGCUCCUGUCUAUGCUAGGGAUUAAAUUUAGGUACUAUAUGUUGGUCAAGUGCUCCUUCCACUGAAGCUGCGCCCUCACCCCCUCAGCAGUUUUCCUUCCUAUGUUUCUUCUUCCUUUCUUCUUUUAUUUAUUCAUUUAUUUAUUUAUUGUUGAGACAAACUCUCACUGUGAAGUCAUGGCUGUGCUGGAACUUGCUAGAUAGACCAGUCUGGCCUAGAACUGACAGAGAUUCCCCUGCCUCUGCCUCCAGAAUGCUGGGACAGAAGACGUGUGCCACAAUGCCUGGCCCUUUGACAUUUUCUUAACCCAAAUGUGAAGAAUUUGCACGCGUGUACACAUGCACACACACACACACACACACACACGCAGGCUGGGCAUGGUGGCACAUGCCUGUAAUUCCAGCACUCAGGUGGGGGAGAGUGAGACAGGAGGAUUACAAAUUUGAAGCUAGCUUGGACUGUACAGUGAGACCCUGCCAUAAAAGCUCAAAAGAAAAAAAAAGGAAAGAAAACCCCUUCUCUAUUCUAUCUGCAGGUACUAACUCAAGCAAAAUAAAAGUAUUUGUACGAAUUGUUCACACACAUAUAAGGUAUCUGUAAUAGCCCGAGACUAGAGACGAGACAGCCCAAAUACCCGUCUGCAGAUGACUGAACAAAAUACGCUAUGUUUAAACAAUGACAAGCAACAUGGCAAUAAGGAAACUUGGCAUGGUGGUGUGUGCCUCUAAUCCCAACACUUGGGAAGCAGAGCAAGUUCAAAGACUGCCAAGGUUACACAGAAAAACCCUGUCUCCAAAAUAAAUAAAUCAAAAUAAAAGAUAGGCACUGGUGAUGUGAGGGAGAGGGUCAGGAACUCAAGGUAAUUAUCACAUAUAUGUUGACUUUCUUUUUGUUUGUUUGUUUUUUGAGACAGGGUUUCUCCGUGUAACAGCCCUGGCUGUCCUGGAACUAGCUCUUAUAGACCAGGCUGACCUCGAACUCACAGAGAUCUGCCUGUCUCUGCCUCCCUAGUACUGGGAUUAAAGGCGUGGGCUGCCACCACCACCCUGCUUAUAUAUAUGGACUUUGAUGCUAGCCUGGACUACAUGAUACUUUGUAACUCUAAAAUGCACAGAUUAUAGUAAGAGAAAACACUGUUACUGCUGUCUGGGUAGUAGUGAGUUGUCUGGGGAGAUGACUGAGUGUUGGAAGAUGAGAAGGUAGAAAAGGUUACAAAGUGGUAUGAAGAAAAACAUGUUUUGUUGAUUUCAUAGGUAUAGUUAUAUAUCUAGAAAGAUAACCCACGUUUUUUCACUUAAAUGCUAUAUUCGUGAUUUACUAGGUUAGUUUUCUUAUUCUGGUUAUAAAACAUUGUUCUAGCCAGACAUAGUAGCAUUUUAAUCCCAGCACUUGGGAGUUUGAGGCCAACCUGGUGUGCAGAGUGAGUUCCACACCAGCCAGGGCUACAUAGAAAGACCCUGUCUUAAAAAAAAAAAAAAAAAAAAAAAAAACUGCCCUCGGUUUGGAGAAUUGGCUCAACAUUUAAGAGAAAUAGUUGCUAUUCCAGAAGAUCUGGGUUGGAUUUCUAGCACCCAUGUGGUGGCUCACAACCAUCUGUAAGGAUAGUCUCAGGGAUUCUGAUGUUCUUUUCAGGCCUCCGGGGGCUCCAGUCAUACACAGAGAGAGAGAGAGAGAGAGAGUUUUUCAGGUUAGGUUUCCCAUAUCAUACUUUUUUUAAAAAUAUUUUUAUUUAACUUUAUUUUAUGUGCAUUGGUGUGAAGGUGUCAGAUCCCCCGCAACUGGAUCUUCAGACAGUUGUGAGCUGCCAUGUGGGUGCUGGGAAUUGAACCCGGGUCCUCUGGAAGAACAGUCAGUGCUCUUAACCACAGAGCCAUCUCUCCAGCCCCCCACAUCAUACUUUGAGACAGUGACAAAGUCCAACUCUGCAGUCUUGGUGGGUUGAAUACCCAGUGUGCCCCGAGCUGUGAUGUCACUCAGCCCUCGCCUUCAGUACGAUCUGGGAGCACCCAGGUGAAGACCUAUGAAGAGACAGUAGCUUUUGUUUUGCUUUGCUUUGAGAUAGAGAUCAGGUAGCCUAGACUGGCCUCAAAUUCUCUGUAGCUGAGAUUAACCCUGAACUGAUUCUCCUGUGCCCACGACCGAGAUUAUAGGCAUGUACCAUCCUACCCAGUUUGGGACAGGUCUAUGCAUAGUAAAAGAUGGGAUGAAGAUGGAUGGUAGAACUCUUGUUCAGCAUGUGUAAGGCCCUAGAUUUCAUGUAUGUGUGAAUGUAUGUGUGUAUGUAUGUAUGUAUGUAUGUACAUAAGCAUUUAUACAUGAACUCCUUGAGGGCUCAGAUUCUUUUUUUUUUAAAUAUUUAUUUAUUUAUUAUGAGUACAAUAUUCUGUCUGUGUAUAUGCCUGCGGCCAGAAGAGGGCACCAGACCCCAUUACAGAUGGUUGUGAGCCACCAUGUGGUUGCUGGGAAUUGAACUCAGGACCUUUGGUAGAGCAGGCAAUGCUCUUAACCACUGAGCCAUCUCUCCAGCCCGAGGGCUCAGAUUCUAUAAGCAGAGCAUAUAGCUCCAAAAAGAACAAUCAGAAACACAUGGGCAGGUUGAAUGUGGUGUUGGGGGCAAAGGACAGUGGGGUGAGGAAGCAGGAAGGGAAGGCUUUCUGAAAGAAGGGCAUCAGUUCUACUCAAUCAGUGACUAAGGUGACUGAGCUAUAGCUGGGCGAGCAGGGCAGGUGUCUAAGAGACAACAGAUGGGAGCAGCUUGGCAUGGGAUGAGCAGGUAUGUAGCUGCUCAGCCAAGUUCCAAGACAGCAGAGAGGGGAGAGGUUGGUGUCAAGACAGUAAUGCCUUGGCUGUGCUGGGAUUAAAGGCGUACACUACCACCACCUGGCUCAAUCCUUAUUCUCAAAUGACUGCCCCGUUUCACUUUGACAUUCUCAGUUUGGUAAAGAUUCCUUGGACAUUGAUAACUAUUCCUUGGUCCCACGUACAGGUGGUUUUUUUUUUUUUUUAUUUCGUUUUGCUUUCGUUGUUUAGACAGAGUCUCUCUACCAGCCAGGUGGUGUGGCACCUGCCUUUAAUUCCAGCACUUGGGAGGCAGAGACAAGCAGAUCUCUGUGAAUUUCAGGUCAGCCUGAUCUACAUAGGGAGUUCCAGGGCAGAGCUAUACAGUGAGACUGUCUCAAAAUACCAGAAACAAAACAAAACAACAACAACAAAAAAAAAACAACCAACCAAAAGCCUAAAACAAAACAAACAAUCAAAAAGGUACGCCAUUCCUAGCAACAGGAUUUUAAAACAGUAGAUACUGCAAAAGUGGGGAACGUGUCUUCAUUCAUGCCUCAAACCCCCAAGUCUGACAAAACAAAUGAAUGCUUCUUCCUUUCUUUCCUGGGGUUUUUUAGGGUUUCUGUGUAGCCCUGGCUGUUCUGAGUUAAAGUACUGGGAUUAAAGGCACGCACUGUCACCUGGCUCACGUGAUUCUUUAUACAGUCCCCUUGACCGCAUCAGAGAGGCCCUUAAGGAUUUUUGGCACCUGGUUUUAACAGAAUCCCAGACUUUAGCACUGACUGUUGGCAUGCUAGACGCCAUUCUGCCCUUAAACCUCGCACAUGGGCCCCAACACCUACCAAAAUAGAAACAAAGAAGUGUUCCAUAGUUCCAGAAAAGUCUCCAAGAAAAAGUCCCUAAAUGUACUAAUCUUGCUUUUUGGCUUCUGUAGUUCUGCUUCUUGCUAACUGAAAUGUGCCAACAAAGAUAUGUGUUUUGUACACAAAAGACAGAGCUGUAAGGCUCAAGGCUACACGAUUUGGGAAAGUUCUCUGUGCAGCCCUUG